AUGCAAUCUUCAGAUGCCUCCACCGAGGCCCCCCCAACGGAUCCCAGCGGUGGCCUUGAUUCUCGCCACGAAUCCCAGGGUGACGACUUGGAGCGGCUGUAUGCGGCGGCAUUAUCGGACAUAGAAGGGCUACUCGACUCAAAGUAUAAAUGGGCAGACGACGAAGCGUGUCGGAUCGACGAUAUGGUUGUUCAAUUUCGCAUCUGGGGGGUUGAGCUGAAUAUACCAUCCGGGACGCUGCGAUGGCUUCAGCACGACUAUGUGAAAGAGGCUGCAGCUAUUAGAGUUAAUCUCGAAGCUGUUCAAUCAAGCCUGACGAGGUUUAUCUAUCACUUACCAAGAGAGCUCAUUGUUGAAGGGAAGGUGGAAAAGGAGACUGUCACUAAGACGACAUUGGAAGACACCCACCUUGAACUGCUAGAUGAAUUCACACGUUGUGUUGAGGCAUUGUGUGAUCUUUCAGAAUCUCUUCAGAUUGUUAUUAGCCUCCACACCAACGAGGGCCCUGCCGCUAGGGUUAAGGAAAUCAUGAAUACAAGAAAACUGGCGUCUCUUAGCACGAAGCUACCAACGCCAAUGGGUACAGUCGCCACGAGAACACAACGAGAAAUCCCGCCGGUACGCAGACAGUCAAAUGACCGAGAACCUCUUUGGCCACGCAAUAGUACCCCUCGGCCCACAGCAACUAAUAGUAUAGCCACGCCUAGCAGUGGAGCUGGAAGCAAAAAUCAAUCAACGACAUCUCGCUGGGUCCGAGAUUAUGGGCGGCAUCCCAUCGAUGACUUCUUGAGGUGGUUAAGUGCGAAUGAAAGUCUGGCCAUUGAUGAUCUUGAACAAGGGAUUGUCUGCAGGUCUGUAUCGCUUUCUGCAGUGAGGUCGGAACUUGAAAAGAACGACGGCAAAAGACUCGUUGAAAUAUUGGAUGUACUCUUCGAAGACGACGGUGGUCCCGAUCCUGCGGAGCUUUUGUCCAACUAUGUAGCGGUAUUCUGUAUACUUCUGCAGAUAGGAGAGGGUCAUUAUAUCCAGCAUUUCGUUGACCAUGCAAUCCACGACGACUCCGAAUUUGAUCCUGAACUUCUUCUCUAUAAGUUUCCUUUGAGUCAAGGUGAUGAUGAUUUCUACAGGAGGUUCUGCGAAGCACAAUGGAGGUUCUGUGUGCCAGAUUUCAUGAAGAACAUGAAAAAGGUCUUCCCCGAUAGAAUAAAUUUGCCGAUAAUCGAGAAAAGACAGGUGGCACGCGGCGGCAGUGCUACAAUAUCAAUCAUUAAGCUACAUAGCUCAUACGACAAGCUUCUGGGCAGUCGUAUAUCAGACACGCACCGCAGAAGGUCCAACGCGAACGUGUAUGCUCUCAAAACCUAUCAUUCACCAGACGCACAGUCGUACUAUGAGACUGAGGUUGAUGCCUUUCGAAGACUCGAAUGGGAAAGACCAUACAAUCCUCAUCUGAUAGCCUUCUACGGUAGCUACAUUCAUAAAGGCACGUAUAAUGUUAUAUUAGAAUACGCAGACCAGGGUUCGUUGGAGAACUACUUUCAGCGUACAAGUCCACCAUGGAAGUCUAAUGACAUUAUCAAUUUCUGGACUUCCUUGUUUGGAAUCCUUAAGGCUCUAGAAUGUAUCCAUAUGACUGGGCUAUAUUCGAAAGGUGAAGUGGAAAUAUUGAAUGGCUGCCACCGAGAUGUGAAACCAGCAAACAUCCUGGUUAUAAGCCUUGGAUCAUCAUCCCCUCAUGACGUUGCGUUCAAACUAGCGGAUCUGGGGUUGAGCCAUUUCAACAAGACUAUAGAAGGUGACGCUGCUGCGACUGAAAACACAUCUUUCAAUGGUCAGACCUAUGCAGCACCCGAAUGCCUGCGAUCUGAUGGCCACUGGGGUUAUAGCGCUCUUCAAGCGAAGCAAGACGUUGACAUUUGGUCAUUGGGUUGUGUAUUUAGUGAGGCUGCCGUUUGGAUAAGUAAGUCUCAUGACGGACUUGUUGAAUACCGCCAGGCGAGAAGGGCUGCUAAUAACUCUCUAUCGGACAAUAAUUGUCUCGGGGAGUGUUUUCACGAUGGCGAAAGUGUUUCGGAGACAGUGUUGCAAUUUCAUAGUGAACUGCCGAGGACUAUCCGCUAUUCAGAUUAUGUUACAUCUCAGGUUGUCAGUAUUAUUGAUAGCGACAUGUUAGGCGUGUCUGGCUCGCGAUUGACAGCUCGUCAACUCUGGGGCCGCUUCGAUAAACUCACGCAACGAGCGAACAGGAGGAGUACGGCCAGCUCCUAUAGCGACGCGGAAGGAGGAAAUUGGAAACAAGUUUCGGGAAUACAGCCAGAUUUUUCAGCCGGGCCAAGUCAACGGGCCUCUUUCUUUACAACUAUUCGGAAUUUUGACAAGCCACUAAACAGUAUGGAAAGCUUAUAUGACAACUAUGGGAAUCGCGAAUAUCCGCAAGAUUCUAACUAUCCCAGAGCCUCAACAGCCACAACUUCGUCAGGCUCAUACUCUGAUCCGAUCUCUCGUCUAACAAGCAUGAGCCGCGGAUCGACGGUAGAGUCUACAAAUCAGUCGAAAUCGAGGGUGUCUGCAAUCGAAAAUUCAAAACAGCUCAAACGACGACGCCAGUACGACAAGCUUCCACAUCUAUCACUGAGCGUGGCAAUACAGUGGAGAACGGAACGAAAGAGAGGGAACAAACUUCUGAACAUAUUCAACAAAGCUGAACGCAAAGCCAAGCUACCAGGAGAAUGGCUCUUCUACAAGUGCCAAGCCAGAGAUCAUGUAUUUGUUGUCGAUGACUCAAUACAUAUGAGGCCUCAUUGGGACGAAAUGUGUCAAUUGUUUGGAAUUCUCACGUAUAUGGUAAAAGGCACUGAUAACGAUGGUCUCGACCUUUUCUUUACAAUGUCUGAUCAGACGUUCAACGACCAAGAUACCACCAAACUUGUCGAUAUUGUUACCCAGCGCAAGGCGCACCUGGAGGGUCAAAGCGAUAUGAGCCUUCGACUGGACCAUAUUUUAGGACGGUACAGUAUGGAUCUCCGAAACAAAUACGUUCUUCGUAAUCAUAACUCGUCGGACGCUGCCAAUAAAGAGAUCAAACCCCUCAGUGUUUAUGUAUUCACGAACGCGAUGUGGACUCAUGACUCAAAUCCAGAACAUUCGAUCAAAACGAUGGUAGACUCUCUUGUUCAUGUAGGAGCGUCAAGGCAUCAGGUUGGAAUCCAGUUUAUCAGCUUUGGCCGUGAUCCAGAAUGCCUUGAUCGCCUCGAUAAGUUAGACAGAAACCUGGGGCUCAAACUCGAUAUCGUGGAUCACUCUCCAUCCAAUUCGAACCUCUGGAAAAUUCUUCUCGGAGCGAUCGAUCCUGAUGUCGAUGGAGACUACCAGUCAGACACCGAAUCAAGCGAUGGCAAAUCCUUGUGUUGA